GGGCUAUCGGUUUGACUACCGGAUUCCUAAAGGCAUGCGCAGCUGCAGUCUGUGAUUUAAAGUUUUGUAGCAGUCUUGAAGUGAGGUGUGGAGCGUUUACGUAAAGAUGAUAAUUCUGGUGUUUACUAGCAUUUUAGCGGGACUACUUGCUCUUUUUCUUUACCAGAGAACUGCUUAUCCCUUCUUAUGGGAGGACUUGAUUUAUUACUUAAAACUUAGGGGUUACAGAACGACAUUACAGACUCGUAUGCAGCAAGGAAUAGUCACAUAUCUCGACUGUUUUCUCUACCAAGCAAGGAAGAACCCGAACAAACCCUUCAUCAUAUUUGAAAACCAGACUCUGACAUACCAAGAUGUGGACAGGAGAAGCAAUCAGUUCGCGAACGCGUUCAGGAUCGAGGGCUCGGUGAAACAAGGAGACAUUGUUGCCCUGUGCAUGUUCAACGAGCCGGAUUUCAUCUGUGUGUGGUUGGGAUUGUGUAAACUGGGCUGUGAAAUCGCCUUUCUCAACGUUAACAUGAAAGCCACAUCUCUGCUUCGCUGCUUUCAGAGUUGUGGAGCCAAGGCAGUUGUUGUUGGCGCAGAGUUGAUGCAUUUGGUGGAGGAGGUGCUGCCUGAUCUGAGGGACAACAUGACUGUGUGGUUGGUGGAUCACACAUCACCCUCUGAAGACUUCAUCAGUUUAUUAGACAAACUGGACCAUAUGUCUGAGGAAUCUUUAAGUGACCUUCCCAAAGUCGACAUCAUGUCAAACUUUCUCUUCAUUUUUACAUCGGGCACUACAGGUCUCCCCAAAGCAGCCUGUGUGGGUCAUCUGAAAGCCAUUAUGAGUAUGGCCUUCUUUCAUAUGUGUGGAGCCACAUCUGAUGACAUCAUCUACAUUACUCUUCCUCUUUACCACAUGUCUGCUUCCCUGUUGGGAGUUGGAGGAUGCAUACACCUUGGUGCAACAUGUGUGAUAAAAAGGAAGUUUUCUGCCAGUCAGUUUUGGAAGGACUGUGUGAAACACAAUGUAACUGUGGUGCAGUACAUAGGAGAGCUCUGUCGAUACCUAGUCAAUCACCCCACGGUUCCAGAGGAGAGAGCUCAUAAUGUUUGGCUUGCAGCAGGAAGUGGUCUCAGUUCAGAUGUUUGGAAGGAGUUUAUCAAACGCUUUCCUAAAAUAAAGAUCAGAGAGGGGUACGGCUUGACUGAGGCCAGCAUCGGUUUCCUCAAUUACACAGAUGAAGUGGGACCAAUAGGAAGGGCAAGCUAUUUCAACAAGCUUUCUAUGCCCUUUGAGCUCCUGAGAUUUGAUCCACAAACAUAUGAGCCAGUUCGAUCGGACUCUGGAAGAUGCAUACAAGCAAAAAUAGGAGAGGCAGGGAUACUGGUAGCUCCUCUGACAGCCAUGAACCAGUUUUUGGGCUAUGCUGGAAACAAGGUCCAGUCUGAGAAGAAGCUGGUCAGGGGAGUGUUCAAACCUGGGGAUGUCUAUUUCAACACUGGAGACCUUCUACUUCGUGAUCACAAGGGCUUUCUCUACUUCCAUGACCGCAUCGGCGACACCUUCAGAUGGAAAGGAGAGAAUGUUUCCACCACAGAGGUGUCAGAGGUUUUGGGUCUUCUUGAUUUUAUCCAGGGGGCCAGCGUCUAUGGAGUCACCAUACCAGGGCAUGAAGGUAGAGCAGGUAUGGCUGCUAUCGUCUUAAAACAGGAUCAUAAAUUAAAUGGAAAGAAACUCUACAACCAUUUGGUAAAAACACUUCCUGCCUAUGCCUGGCCAUGGUUUCUCAGAAUACAGAGCUCUCUGUGUGUGACUGAGACCUUCAAGCAGCAGAAGGUGAAGCUGGUCCAGGAAGGGUUUAAUCUGAACAUCACCCAAGAUCCUCUGUAUUUCUUAGAUGUCUCUCAGAAGGACUAUAUUCUCCUGACUGUAUCUCUAUAUCAAGACAUUGUGACUGGAAAGAUCAAUUUAUAAACAUUUAGGACAAGACCACUAAGGUAGUACUUUCCUGUAAAGGUUAAUAAACACAUAACUUGAGUGAAAAUGUCAUAAAACCUAAUAAUGUAAUAACUGGACCAAAAAUGUAACAAAAUGUCCUGACUGAUAUUUAUUAUGUCUGUUAAUUUAAUACUUUUAAGGUGGGUCUUUUUUUAAAUGGAUGAUGUAAUAAUUUUGACAGAUAAUGUCCUCAUUGCCUAUUAGGAUAUUUUUUUUCCUCAGUUCAUGUUUUUCCUGUUUUAUUGAGUCUCCGUUUAUUCUGCUUGUUUAUAACCACACUACAGCUAUAGGUUUUUUUUUGUGUGUGUGUGUGUCUUUGUAUGCAGCUAUAUAAACAAACUUUGAUUGAUUGGUUGAUAAUAUUAUAAAGAAAAUUGUGUAUAUUUGUGCAAAUUGUGAUGACAAACAUGAAGUCAGUGUAAAACAGACAUUUUACACUGAUUUCAUGUUUGGAAAUGUAAACUCUAGGCUUUAACAUGCUGUGAUUUGGCAAAGAUGCUCAUUGUUCAUUGUCCAAAGAUCGUCUGUUAGACCAGAGCGAAUCUUAGAUAACAUUAGAAGGUGACAAAAGCUGCAGAAGCUAGCUACACAAGAAUGUGACAAGGCAAAAUGUUUUUUGUUUUUUUUUU